GAUGUUAAUAUUGAAGUUGGUAAUAACCCUCAUGUAAGAAUAUUUCACGCUCAUAUGGUUAUUUUAAGUUACCGUUCUCCUUACCUACGACGAAAGUUGUCAACUAAUAAAAAAAAUAAUGACGGAACUUUGGCACGUAUUGAACUUCCCAAUAUUUUACCAGAAAUUUUUGAGAUAAUUUUAAGAUACAUUUAUGGCGGAAAACUUUCUUUAAAGGAAUGUGAUACGUCAAAUAUAAUUAAAUUACUAGUUGCCGCUAAUGAACUAAGUCUCCAGGAGUUAGUUAUCUAUAUUUAAUCCUUUUUAAUUGAAAACAAAACAAACUGGAUGGAACAAAAUUCUAAUUUGAUAUAUCGAACAUGCUUUGAAGAUGAUUCUUUCUUGGAUCUUCAACAAUAUUGUAAUGAUUUAAUAUCUAAUGAACCUGAUAAGAUAUUCAAAUC